AUGCUUCCACGCGCCUUUGCCUCCCUGAGACCGUCUCUGCGGCAGUCGCGAGGAGUGCAGCGCCACUUCUCGGCCGUCACUCUGCCGGCGGACUCCAACCAGGCGCAAGGAAUCGGCCAGUACGCCAAGGACCUUAUAGAUGGGAAGCAUGGCGACAAUGUCGAUGCAUCCGUCUAUGAGCGCGUGGAGAUGUUCCACACAGAUUCCGUGAUGUGCGGUAUCUCGGCACUGGCAUUGAAGACAAAUGCCCCAACUUUGUUGCGCGAGGAGGCAUUGACCUACAAGGACGCGAAGGGAGCCACCGUCUUCGGUAGCAGCGAAAAGUGCGCGCCGGAGAAGGUGAUUGCUGCCAACGCCUCUGCCGUGCGAGAGUGGGAUUCCAAUGGCACUGUCUUCGGAUUCAAUCCGAACAUCCCCGGCCAUGAUGCAGGUGAGUUUGGCCACAACGACUUCUACCCUGUCGUGAUGGCAGCUGCGCAGGUGACAGGUAAGGUGGAUGGCAAGAAAGCCUUGCUGGCGAUGAUAGCACUGGAUGAAAUCCGAGGACGUCUGGCAGAGGUCUUCAGCCUCAAGAGCUACAAGAUUGAUCAUGUGGUGCAUGGAGCCAUCGCAUCCGCUGCUGUCUACGGUGCACUGCUGGGUGCCUCUGUGGAAGAGAUCGAGAGUGCGAUCGGCAUGGCCGUGGCUCACUACAUUCCUUUCCGCGCGAUCCGGGCAGGAAAGCAGCUUUCUGACUCCAAGGGAGCGUCCGCUGCAAUUUCCACGGAGGCCGCCGUGCUCUCAAUGCGGCGAGCCAUGCGCGGCUUCGUUGGCCCCAAGGACAUCUUCAGGAAUCCUGAGGCCAUUUUCCGCUUUUUCGAGCCUUCCACUGGAACAGGAAAAAGCAAGGACAACAUCGACAUCACCCUCAGCAACAAGGUUAGAUGGGGCGUGGGCCCCAGCCCCUUCAACCUCGUCCUGUCUCACGCUGGGGACGACUUUGCAGUCAUGGGCAUGCACUUCAAGCUGGGACUCUACGAGCACCAAUCUGCCGGCGCGCUGGAGGGCGCCAUUUCGGCUUUGGUACAGAACCCCGAACUAGCCGCAGGUGGUGUUGAUGGCAUCGCUGGCAUCAACAUCAUCGCUUACGAGCCAGCCUUCGGCAUUAUUGGUGACCCGGCCAAGAAGGACCCCACGACGCGACAGUCAGCAGAUCACUCGAUGGCUUUCAUCGUCUCGCGCAUCCUGCAGAAGGCGUUGAAGAGUGGCAAGGUCCCUGGAGCAAUGGAUGAUUCCUGGAUGGAGCUCAUGCUGUCGCCCUACGACUAUGGCAAGGAUGCCCUUUAUGAGAAGGACACCCGGGCGCUGAUGGAGAAGAUUUCGUUCUCGCAUGGCGGACCAGAAUACGAUGCCAAGUACCCUGAUGGCAUCCCCACCGCCAUCGACAUCACUCUCAAGAGUGGAAAGGUCAUUUCCAGUGGCAUGGUGAUGUACCCUUCGGGGCAUGCUCGAAAUACCUCUGCCGACUUGAAGAAGAUCCUGCAGCACAAGAACCGAAUGUUGGGUGACAUCGUCUUUCCGGAAAGGAGCACCGUAGACAACUUCGUCUCUCGGCUCGUGACGAUGAAGGAUGCUUCUGCAGCCGACGUCGGCUCUCUGUACGACUUCGACUUCAGCGCCAUCAAGAAGCAUGAUUGCAUCGAUGGUUGA